AGCACACGAAAGCUCAGAUGCUGGACCUGGUGGUCCUGGAAAAGUUCCUGGCUGUCCUGCCCCAGGAGAUGGUGAGCUGGGUCAGAGAGUGUGGAGCGGAGACCAGUUCCCAGGCGGUGGCCCUGGCAGAAGGCUUCCUCCUGAGUCAGGCAGAGGACCAAGAGCAGGUCCAGGGGAUGUUGGCCAGAGCACCCACAGAUUUCCCUGAGGCAGAGAAGGCUCCACCGGACAUCACACAGAGGCCGCUGGACAGGUGGAUCUUGCAGGAGGGUGACGGAAGACCCUCCUCACUGGGUAAGGAUUAG